AUGAAAUGUGUGGAGUGCGGAAAAGAAGUCCCUAAGCUUUAUGAAGAGCUUGUAAAAGGAAAUAUCGCUCUGUUUCAAUGCGAAGCCUGUGGAAAAGUCGCCGAUAAAUAUGUGGAGUAUGAGUUUACCUUGGUGUUUCUGAAUUUAAUUCUUUGCAAAUCUCAAGUGUAUAGGCACAUUAUUUUCAAUAUUGACUGAUCAACGUCGACUUAUGAUAUUCUGAAGAUCCUCUUCUUCUCAAGCAUUCUUGAUUCUUCAUUAGCAAGCUGUGAAAGCUUACCCUGCUGACUGCUUCAGAUCAUAAAAAAUUGUGCUGUAAUUAUUCUAUUUUUUACUGGAGUUUAUAUAGCUGCUUAUUCUUCUGGGAUAAAAUGUAGUAAAAUGUUUUUACUGAGAGCAAUUUUAUUUUCAAGCUUUGGGAAACUUGGGAAUUUUAUGAUAAUCACAUGGUAAUUUUUAAUAAAGGAAAUAUUCUUCUCUUCCUAGCACAUUUAUGGCGCUAUUUAUUUACUUAAACAACAUGAUUGCAAUUAGGGAGUGCUUAGAGGUACACACAAUAAAAGCAGAAAUUUUUAUCUCAUUUGCAUGGAUGUUUAAAACGCUAUUAAGCUCAUGGUUUAUUUAA